UUUCGGGGCGGCAGUUGAAAACAGCUGAUUUGAACCUGUUUGUUUACUAACAAAUUUCUCGGCCUGGCGAUGUACCGGUGUCCUCCAAAAUGAUGAAAAUUUGUCGUUUUUGUCUGCUCGAGGACGAAGAAUAUCUUAUACCGGUCGCGGAUGCCUCCGAGCUGGCGAUCGAUAUCGAGGAAGUGGCACUGUUUAGUGGCAUAAGGAUCGACGAUGACAACAAAACGGCCUACGCCAUGUGUCUGGAAUGUACCAACAAACUGCAAAUUUGUUCCACCUUCCGGAAAACGUGCAUGAGCAACGACGCUCAGUUUCGUGAGCUACGUGCCAUGUUGGAGGCGAGUGCUAGCGAGCCAACCGAAACUGUGGUCGAACUAUCGGACAGCUCGGAGGAUUCGUUCGAUUUCGAUGGAUUUGGUGACCACUGCUUACAGUCGACACCCAGCGAGCCAGUGUGCAGUCGUAGCAACAUCGCGGAGCUGUUGCCUGAACCGGACCACAAGCAGAGCGAACCGGUGCUACCGGUCACGAGCGCCAUCAUCGAAGCGAUCGCGAACGAUGAAGCGUUCGCGUACUCGGCCAACUACAUCGAGCAGGGUGAAACGGUGCACGUUGAGGAUGUGAUUCACAGAUCGUUCGUCGACUGGAAUAACAGCCUAAAUCCCAUACCGCCCCGAGUUCAGUACGUGCGCGAGCGCGGGAAGCGAAAGAAGCAUCUGUGCGAAAUCUGUGGCGUAAUAGUGUUCCACAUGCCGUCCCACUAUGAGAAACACCGCGAGCCCUCGUUCGAGUGUUCGCUGUGCCCGGUAAAGACGAAACAUAAGGCGACCAUGGCACAGCACAUCGAACAGGUGCACCUGAAACUGGUUAAAAAGAAGUGCAAAAUAUGCGGCAAAGGUUUCAUUCAUCACAAAACGUACCGGUACCAUAUGCUUACUCACGAGAGCAAAGGGGAAAAGUUCGAAUGCCCGGACUGCGAGAAAACGUUCCCCAAUGCCGUCUAUCUGAGGGAUCAUUUUAAUCGACUUCAUAAUGCGGCUAAGAAACCCAGAAACACCGGUACAGAAAGCAAAGUGCGAAGGACACGCAACAGAUCCCGCAUUGCAGAUGAGACAAGCGACACCGAAUGAGUACAAACGGGUUUUAUUUUUAUUUCUAUGGAGACUUUCAGUUUAUUGGCCUUGUUGUGGUAGCAAUCGAUAGGAGUGAUUUCUUUGAAAUUGUAACCAAAGGUUGCGUUAGCCUAUAUCAGGGGUCUCCAAACUACGGCCCGCGGGCCGCAUGCGGCCCUCAAGAGCUUAUAAUGCGGCCCUCAAGAGCUUAUAAUGCGGCCCACGAUGACUUUGCCAGAGUUAAUAUAAAUAUACGUAAUGAUUAUGACUUUUUCAAAUAAAAUUGUAUUUUUUACUUUUCUUAGACAAAAAUCAACCUUUAGUAAUACCAAACUGUACAAGUAUUGUUAGUUUUUUGUUAUAAAAAUGAGGUUUAAACGUUCACCCAUCAGAUAAAGGUAGUGUCAAAUGGCCCGUAACAUAGCUAUUUUUGAAGCAAUGCGACCCGCGAGCUGAAAAGUUUGGAGGCCCCUGGCCUAUAUAAAGACCAUUUUUCGGAACUGCCCGAUGCACGAGUUCCUGGAUGCACGAGAGUUGCAGCGUGUGAAAAUACAUUAGAAUUCAAAUGCUCCAAGCGCCACAGAUUAAGCUUAAAUGACUGGAAAAUUAAAUAUCAGUUAAAACCGAUCAAUCAUGUAAGGCAGUAGUAUGUAAGUUAGUCUUAAUGUUUGUUUAACCACAAAUGGCGGACAACUUUACCCAAUAAACAAAUAAGCAAACAAA